UCAGAACGUGAGUGGAUUCUUUGUGCACCCGGUGGGGCUGGAGGUGCUGGUGGAUCACAGCAGCCUGGACAUCUCGCAGUGGGCCGUGAGCAGGGUCUUCUACAACGGGCAGUACUACAGGGACAUGGCUCAGCUGGAGAGCGCGUACGUGCAGGGUCGGAUCAGCGUGGAGAAGGGCUGGAGCUUUGCCUUUGGGAUGAGCGUGAGCGCAGGCCUGCGGCUGUUUGACAUCCGGCACAGGGGGGAGAGGGUUGCCUACGAAAUCAGCGUCCAGGAGGCGCUGUCAGUGUACGGCUCCAACUGCCCGGCAGGGAUGUCCACGCGCUACAUGGACGGGAGCUUUGGCCUGGGCCGCUACACCUCCCCCUUGGUGCGAGGGGUGGACUGCCCGUACUCGGCCACCUACGUGGACACGCACUCUCUGUCCGCCAGCCUGAGGCCCAAGAGGAGGAAGGCUUCGCUCUGCAUCUUUGAGCAGAACCUGGGCUCCCCUCUGAGGCGCCACUACUCCAACUUGCAGUCGCUCUACUACGGGGGGCUGGUCAACUCGGCUCUGGUCAUUCGCUCCAUUGCCACCGUGGGCAACUAUGACUACGUGUGGGACUUCAUCUUCUACCAGAACGGGGCCAUGGAGGGCAAGGUGCAGGCCACGGGCUACCCGAGCUCCUCCUUUCUUCACGGGGAUGGCCUGAGAUACGGCAAUAGGCUUUGGGAGCACACCCUGGGUACGAUCCACACCCAUUUUGUCAACUAUAAGGUGGACUUGGAUGUGGGAGGGGUGAAAAACUCCCUCGUGGCCCAUGACAUGGCAUUCGAGAUGACACGGGCUCCCUGGAGCCCAGAGCAGCAGAUAGAGCGGCCACGACUCACCAAGAAAGUCCUGGACACAGAAGACCAGGCUGCCUUCCGGCUCCAGUCCAAGAUGCCCAGAUACGUCUACUUCGCGGCCAACAGCAAAAACAAGUGGGGCCACCAGCGUGGGUACAGGAUCCAGAUCACCAGUUUUGCAGGGGACCACAUCCCUGAAGCCAGCUCCAUGGAGAGGGCCAUCAGCUGGGCAAGGUACCAGCUGGCCGUCACCCGGCGGAAGGAGGAGGAGCCCACCAGCACCAGCAUCUACAACCAGAAUGACCCCUGGACACCCACUGUCGCCUUUGCUGACUUCAUCAACAACGAGACCAUCACCAACGAGGACCUGGUUGCCUGGAUAACUGCUGGCUUCCUUCACAUUCCACACUCUGAGGAUAUUCCCAACACCGUGACCGUGGGAAACUCGGUCGGUUUUCUCCUGAGACCCUACAAUUACUACGACCUGGACCCCUCUAUAUACUCCCACGAUGGUGUGUUUUUCACCAGCGAGCAGGACUUCACAGCAUGUGAAAUCAACCCUCUUGCCUGCUUGCCCAAAGCUGCCUCUUGUUUGCCAAACUUCCCCCCAUUCACUUACGAUGGUUUUCAAAAUAUGAGCAGGCUUUAAUGCUAUGGGACGGUGGAGAUGUGUCAGAGACACCAGGCUGACUGUUCUGUCUCUGAUUUUCAGCUUUUUAGUGAAGUUGUCUCAGUUUUCAGUUGUCUAAUGACUUCACAUUUUAUUGUUGCUUUUGAAAUAGUGCUCUUGAAAAGGGAAGCAUGAUUUUCUUAGCAUGAUGUGAGAUGGAAGUCUACGUUACCUGUUAAUUCCUGAAUUUGAGUCUGUCACCAGAGGAAAGUGAGGAGAAAAUCCUGUUCCUCUGCUGUAGAAGCAAGUGCUGUGUAGUGCAUAUCUCAGGUUAAAAUAAUGAAAAUGGUGCUGGUCCAAUG